AUGGGCAAGCAAAAGAAAACUAGAAAGAUAGUUGAAAAAAGAUUUGCACAAAUGAAGAAAAUGAUAAGCCCCAACGACAGUAGGAUAAGGCCAAGUGAACGCAAAGGUUCGUCAAAAAAGAAACCGGACCCACAUUCUUUAAAAAUACGAGAAGUGCCACAAUCGAGUUCAGCUUUAUUCUUUCAAUAUAACACACAGCUUGGCCCUCCCUACCACAUCAUUAUCGAUACCAACUUUAUUAAUUUUUCUAUUAAAAAUAAGUUAGAUAUAGUACAAAAUAUGAUGGACUGUUUGUAUGCUAAAUGUAUUCCAUACAUUACCGAUUGUGUAUUGGGAGAACUAGAAAAACUUGGACGGAAAUACAGAGUAGCCUUAAGAAUAAUCAAAGACCCUCGAUUUGAAAGACUGGGUUGUUUACAUAAAGGAACAUAUGCUGAUGACUGUAUUGUUCAAAGAGUUACACAACACAAAUGUUAUAUUGUAGCUACUAAUGAUAAAGACUUAAAAAGACGAUUAAGGAAAAUACCUGGUGUACCAAUCAUGUUUGUUGCAGAUCAUAAAUAUACUAUAGAGAGAAUGCCUGAUGCUUAUGGGGCACCAAAAGGUGCAAUUUAA